AUGGAGCUAGAGCGCGCGAAUUCAGUCGCGGCGGCGGCCAUCUUGUGUUGGUGUCCUGCGUUACUGACCAAGAGGAGGAGGCAGAGGACGGGGUCAGAGGUCAUAGACCGCACGGAGCAGAGUAUUUCGGUUUCCUCUGGACCUGGACCAGGACCGGGACCCGGUCUCAUGGAGCAGAGCAGCGGACAGACCUCCUCAGAGCAGCCGGGAGAGGAGAGCGUCUCUCGGGGACUGAGCUCCACAGCCCCCCUCCCCCUCUCUUCCUCUCUCCCCCUCUCCCCCUCCCUCCCCCUCUCCCUCCCCCUCUCUCUCCCCCUCACCCUCCCUCCCCGCCUGAAGCUCGUCCUCCACAUCGACCUGAACAACACGGUGCUGGUGUCAGACGCAGUGACGUCACAGGGGACCGUGGCGGCGCUGGAGGGAUACCUGCCGGGGGUCACCUGGGGCCACACCCACAAAGGUCGCUGGCAGUGGCUGAGUGAGAGCCCCUCUCUGCUGCCCCCUUGUGGACGUGCCGUCAGUUAUUAUUCUCGAUAUGGCCGCUGUCCGGGAUUCACCUCCUCGUCACCGGGGAAACGCUUCAGAGCUGUGUUAGAGGAGCAUCUGCAACUACUGCUCUGGCCACCAGGGGCACCGGUGAACCCCCUCCUCAGUGUGAUGGGGGAGGAUGGGCGGGUCUACCACAGGCUCCUCCCCUCGUUCUUCCAGCUGCUCCUCGACCUUUGGACCUCAGGAUCAGACUUCGCCGUCGUGUUCCGGACCUUUGGGACCGACCUUAGUCCGGUCCUGAGGGCGGUGGAGCAGGGGCUGACACACGGGCACCCUCUGUUCUCCAACCUCACCCAGCUCAAGCUGCAGGUGGACCUCAGGCCGGGUCAGAUCCGUUGCUCUCAGGGGGGAGUGGAGCUGACUCAGGCCCAGAACAGAGUGUCGUCUGUGGGGAGAGCGGACGGAGAGAGAGGCCUCUACCGGUUCUUCAGCGACAUCACCGGAGUCACGGGAUUCAGGGACCACUACGACUGGUGGGCGGGGCAUGCCUUCUCGCUCCUCGGGGGGAAACCGUUGUGGAUCGAUCCGUUCGACUCAAAUGUUCAACACAUUUUCAUCGAUGACAACAUCAGAGCAAACGACCGGGACACCAUCGUACACCCGCGGAUUUUCUCAGAGCCUGGGGGCUCGGUCCCGCGCUCGGCCUCGGCCUCUGAGCUCCUGGACCUGUGCCUGGUCCAGACCGACCUCCUGAAGGCCAUCUCUGACCCACGAUACUUCAGCCUCGCCGUGCAGACCUGUGUGGACAACUACCACCGCAACCAGGAGGCAGGAGGAGGCCACAGCUGA